UGGCACAGAUAGAAGAGGAGAGGAGGGUGCACAGCUCCCAGCAGGCUGCCAUCUCCAGCGCAGUGUUUGUGAUCAGUAGGUGGGGAGAAGGGGAGGCUCCGCCGGGCCCCUCUCUCUGCUCUCACCGCUCAUCCUACAGUCAGUGGGGAGAAAGGGGACAAGGCUGCGGGACCGGUGACACCUGGAAGGACGGGCAGCGGAAUAAAGCCGAGCGUGUACGUCAUCUGACAGAGCAGGAAGUGCAGACAAAGUGGAGGAGGCUGGGGACUGCACCGUGCGGCUCCGCUCUGACAUGGGCUAGACCCGCUCUGUACAUCGCUCUGUACAUCGCACCCCCUGGCAUGGCAGCGUCCAGCAACUCCAGCCUGUCCGGAUCCUCCAUCUCCUCAGAUGCCGAGGACUACCAACCCCCCGUUUGGAAAUCAUACUUGUAUCAAUUGCAGCAAGAGGCUCCUCGGCCCAGGAGGAUUGUAUCCACACAAGAGGUGGUGAACAGACCAAAGCAUUACGGAAGGGAGUUUCACGGUAUUAUUUCUCGAGAAGAUGCAGAUGUGUUGCUGUGCUGUGGAGAAGGAGCAUACCUCAUUAGAGAAAGUCAGAGGCAGCCUGGCUGUUAUACACUGGCCUUAAGGUUUGGUCACCAAACACUGAACUACAGACUUUUCUAUGAUGGCAAGCACUUUGUGGGAGAGAAGCGGUUUGAGUCAAUACAUGACUUAGUAACUGAUGGCCUUAUUACCUUGUACAUAGAAACUAAAGCUGCAGAAUACAUUGCAAAAAUGACAACCAAUCCUAUUUAUGAACAAAUUGGAUACACCUCCCUGCUCAAGGAAAAAGUUUCCAGAAGACUGAGUAGAACAAAGAGUGAAUCCAAGAGAUCCCAUGUAUCAAAUGAAGGACAUACCCCUGUGGAAAAGAUCACCUCGCUGGUCCGAAGAGCAGCCCUCACUCAGAAUGACAACCACUGCAACUAUGAGAAAGCACAUAAUUUUAAGGUACACACAUUUCGGGGACCGCACUGGUGUGAAUAUUGUGCAAACUUCAUGUGGGGCCUUAUUGCUCAGGGAGUCAGGUGUUCAGACUGCGGAUUGAAUGUACAUAAACAGUGUUCCAAAUACGUGCCCAAUGACUGCCAACCAGAUCUGAAGCGCAUCAAGAAAGUGUACAGCUGCGACCUUACCACCCUGGUGAAAGCACACAAUACCCCGAGGCCCAUGGUAGUAGACAUGUGCAUCCAGGAGAUUGAGCAGAGAGGCUUGAAGUCAGAAGGCCUGUACAGAGUUUCAGGUUUUACAGAGCACAUUGAAGAUGUAAAAAUGUCAUUUGAUCGAGACGGUGACAAAGCGGACAUUUCUGUUACUACCCAUCCAGAUAUUAACAUUAUUGCGGGUGCUCUAAAGCUCUAUUUCAGGGACUUGCCUAUUCCAGUAAUCACUUACGAUUCAUAUUCUAAAUUUAUUGAAGCAGCAAAAAUAUCCAAUCCAGAUGAGAGAUUAGAAGCUGUACAUGAAUUAUUGAUGCUCCUCCCACCUGCACAUUAUGAGACGCUGAGAUACCUAAUGAUCCAUCUAAAAAAGGUUACACAGAAUGAGAAGGACAAUCUUAUGGGGGCAGAAAAUCUUGGCAUUGUCUUCGGGCCAACAUUAAUGAGACCUCCAGAGGAAAACGCCCUCACUUCCUUAAAUGACAUGCGACAUCAAAAACAAAUUGUUCAGAUCUUAAUACAAAAUGAAGAUGUUUUAUUCUGAAUGAAGGGUGGGUUUUUGCAUUCAGAGCUUUAGACAAGAUGUUUAAAGCUGCAAGAAGAUGUAUAACAUAAGUUCACUAGUUGGACUUUAGUAUCUGUUGAAGUGCGGAUACAAUACAUGCCAAAUUAUUUGAAACAUGUGUCUCAUAGACAUAUGGAAUUUAUCUCCUUUAGAAAAGGAGAAAGACACAAAAAGAUAAUCCAGCCAGGUUGUUUCUUUGCCUUGUUUUGUCUUUAAAAGAAUAUUUUUAGAAAGCAAAGUCCUCUUAUCAAAAGAAUAUUUUUCAUCCAAGCAAGGCUGAAUUCUGUGGUCUUAUCCACACAAUCCUAUUUUAAAAUGUUGUCAGCAUGGUAUAAUUUAUACAAUAUCCUUGUAAAUAUUAAGGGAUGUUAGUAUAGUGUUUGGUGCUUUAUUUGAGCUGUCGCAAACAGAAACCACACCACUAUUAUAUUUGUAAAAGUAUAAUUUCCAAAGUAUUCAUUUUAAUGAUUUUCUUUUCAACAGUUACUUGUUGAAUUUGUUUCAUACAUAUUCCCUAGAUAUCCCGUCUUGAGUACAAAUACAAAACAGGGAGGAAUAAAAGCAGGAAAAGCCUUAAUAAAUAAUAUUUUAAAUUCUAAUGUAAGCUAUUUCUGAAUUUAAGUUUGUCAUGCUAUUUAAUGACUAAAGAAGACUCUCUGUUCAUCUCUUUCAAAUUGUCCAAAUUUGAUUGGAUAAAUAAGGGAUGUACAUGUUUUUGCUAUAUAGCCAUUUGGGAGUAAAUGAGCUCAUGCUUUAAAUUAGCUGUGAAAUGCUGUCUCUGUCACGAUUCAGUUAAAUAGAUGUAGAAAAACAGAAAUCUUAGAAGAAUUUGGUAAUUUUUUCUUUGAACAAAUUACUGUGUAAAUUCCAAAAAAACACUGAGUGCACUUUUAGUCUCAGGCAUCUAACCCUGAUGAUCUUAGAAGAAGUAAAAGAUUGUUGUUGUUUUUUUCAUAAAAGAAAAAAUAACGACUAACGUUAAAAAUAAAAAUACAUUUUAUUUUGUAAAAUUAGAAAACUUAUAGUAUCUUUUUUUCUUUGCUAUUUAUAGGGAUAUUUUCAAUAUAUUAUGGAUAAUUAAAUACCCUUCUCGAAUUCUAUGCCUUGACCCACAAACUUUGUUAAAACCCUGAUGCCCUAAUAUAUUUUGCUUCUGAAUUGUGGCUUGUCAGAACAUUUGGAAAGUGUAUUCCAAUAUUUUGUCAUUUAUGAUAUUGGGGUAAUUUUUAUAGAUGUAUAGAGAUCAGAACUAUAGAAAUUUAGAGAAGCAUACAGUAUGGUAUCAUUUUGUUAUUGUUACACCACUGCAUUUGGCCAGUUGGUCUUUUUUUUACUCUACGGUUAUUCCAUCACUCUGUGUGCAAGCAUGUAAUAUCCCACAUGUCAACCAAAAUUAUUAGAUAUUUUUUUUUGCCUUAUCGACAUUUAUAGAAAAAAUGCUAAUUAUUUAUGAUUAUUUAAUGGAAUUUUGAAAUGGUUAACUUAGACCAAAAUACUGCCAUUACAGCCAAAACAAAUUCUUAAGCUUUAGAACAGUUAAAAGUUAACAAAACUGUCCCCGUUCUUCUAAAGAACAUUUGUUUUUGUCUCCAUUGGAAAGACUUUUUGUCAAUUCUUAUCCCUGUAUAAAAGCAUUUUAAUUUCCUGGAGCUGGGCUUUAACUGUAUCCAUGUAACAUGUGAUAGCAUGUACUGCAGUAUUUAUUCCAUUACUUUUCCUUUUUUUAAGUAAGACUCUUGAGUGAGAACCUAAGAUGUGUGAUCGGUCCCAUAAAAAAUGCUGAAGGCAAUGUAAAGAGACACUUUUUUGCUGGAUGUAUCUUACCUGCUACAUACUGAGGAUUAGCACUUUUUCUGACAGUUUAAAUUCGUUUUGAACAGUUUUUGAUAUUGUUUUGUUCUUGAGAUGUGAAAUGGUUUGUUAUAAAUAUACAUAUGUAUGUUUUGUUCCAGUUUUUAAUAUUCUUCAGAAGAAAAGUAACUGUAAAUUGA